AAACUUCCAAAUAGGAUAGGGACCUCCCCAUUGACCCAUCUCGGGUUUUUGGCAUUCGGACUUUAAUAAUUAACCGCCUAAAUGUACUUUAAAGAAUUUAACAAGCUUUUGAAAUAGAGUAAAUAGGGAACAAGGUCCCACAUUUUUAUGUAUCAAAAAAUAAAACUAUAUAAAAAUAAUGUAAGAUGGUGGUGCAAAGAGACAUUAAUUGCGUCAUAAUGAUAAAGUUGAAUAUAAGUAAGAGGAUACAUGAUUAAGGACUAACAAAUUGUUCCCUCUCUUGCAGAAGCAUCUGUUAAAAAUGAUGAUGGUGGUGAAUAUAUAGACGAGGACACUACUAAAGCAAAUGAAAUUGCUAACAGUCCAACCAUCAAUGAUGCUCCCUCUGGCGAAAGUUCACCUGAUCUGAGUCGAACAAAGAAGAUUCGUAAAUAUAAAGACAUAAACAUUAUAGAUAAAAUUGCCUAUCAUUUGGUAUUCAAAAAGAAACAUAAGGAACAAGCAGUUGACGAUGAAAUAGAAUGCUAUCCACUUCUCCCAGAAACUGAAGAAGGAAGUGAUGGCGGCAUUCUUGAUCAAAUGGAUAGUAACAAAAUGUGGAUUAUCCUGGGCAUAAGCUGUGCAGUUGUUGUUCCAUUCGCUCUAGGGCUGAUAAUUUUCUUAUAUAAAAGACAUUUAAACCAGAAAAAAAAUGAUGGAUUAAAGGAAGCUGAGGAAGGCAUGGUAGAAAAAAGUGAGCACAAAAAGAAGGCAAAGAAAUACAAAAAGAAAGAAAAAAACAAUGAAUCAAGUAAAUCAGAGGAUGGAUUAAAGGAGGCCGAGGAAGGCAUGGCAGGAAAAGCUAAGAAAAGCAAGAAGAAAAAGAAACAAAAGAAGAAAAAAGAAAGCGAAGAAUCAAGUAAAUCAGAGGAGGAUGCAGCAUCAAGUAAAUCAGAGGAGGAUGCAGCAUCAAGUAAAUCAGAGGAGGAUGCAUCAAGUAUAGCAGAGGAGGAUGCAUCAAGUAAAUCAGAGGAGGAUGCAUCAAGAAUAGCAGAGGAGGAUGCAUCCAGUAAAUCAGAGGAGGAUGCAUCCAGUAAAUCAGAGGAGGAUGCAUCCAGUAAAUCAGAGGAGGAUGCAUCCAGUAAAUCAGAGGAGGAUGCAUCCAGUAAAUCAGAGGAGGAUGCAUCCAGUAAAUCAGAGGAGGAUGCAUCCAGUAAAUCAGAGGAGGAUGCAUCAAGUAAAUCAGAGGAAGAUGCAUCAAGUAAAUCAGAGGAGGAUGCAUCAAGUAAAUCAGAAGAUGAAUCAAGUAAAUCAGAGAAUGACUAAUCAUGGGAUAAGACA